AUGUACUAUGGCACGUGGCGAGUGAAUGGUCAGCUUGCGGUUUCUCGAGCUAUUGGUGACGCAAAUUACAAACCGUACGUGACGGCACAGCCGGAGAUUGCGCUUGUGGAGUUGGACGGCGAUGAGGACUUCAUCGUGGUUGCGUGCGACGGGCUGUGGGAUUUCGUCACCGAGGAUGAAGUGGCGUUCGCGAUCUACUCACAAAUCGCUAAGGACUCGGGUGAGUACUUGAAUGAAAUUUAA